AUGGAAUUAUUAAAUUCUUUACUGUUAUUAUUUUUAAUUUAUUUAAUUCAUUCAUUUUAUAUUAAAAAUAAAAGAAUUCAUAAAAAUGAAGCAAAAGGUCCAAUUGGGUUCCCAUUAAUUGGUAAUAUGAUUCAAAUUGGUAAAACAAAGCCACAUAUUGAAUUAAUGAAACUUGAAAAAAUUUAUAAUCAAAGAAUUUUAAAAAUUUGGCUUGGAGAUUAUUAUUCAGUUUUCUUAUCAGAUAUUGAUUUAAUAAAAGAUAUUUUCAUAAAUAAAUUUGAAAAUUUUUCAUCAAGACCAAAAUCUCCAUUAACUAGACUUGGUACAAAUGAUUUUAGAGGUAUUAAUGGUUCAUCAGGUGAAACAUGGUUUAAAAAUAAAAAUAUUAUUGUAAAUGCAAUGAAAAGAGCAAAUACAAAAACGAUCUAUACUUUAUUGGAUAAUCAAGUAAAUGAUUUAAUAAAAGAAAUUUCAAAAUUUGAAUCACAAAAUAAAUCAUUUAAUCCAAAAUAUUAUUUUAGAAAGUUUGUUUUAUCAACAAUGUUUAAAUAUAUUUUUAAUGAAGAUGUACCAUAUGAUGAAAAUUUGGAAAAUGGUAAAUUAUCAGAAUUAACAAUGGAAAUGGAAAAUAUUUUUAAAACUUUAAAAGUUGGGAAAUUAGCUAAUAGUAUAGAAAUUUUAGAAACUCCAUAUUAUUACUAUUUACAAAAAACUGAUAAAGUAUUUAAAAAUAUUAAAAAAUUGAUUAUUGAAAAGUAUAAGAAUCACAAUUUAUCUAUAAAUCCUGAAAAACCAAGAGAUCUUUUAGAUAUUUUAAUUAAUGAAUAUGGUACCACUGAUGAUGAUGUUUUAAAUAUUACUCAAGUAACUUUGGAUAUGUUUAUGGCAGGAACAGAUACAACUGCCAAUACUUUAGAAUGGAUAAUCAUUAAACUUUGCAAUAGUCCAAUUCAUCAAGAAAUAGCAUAUAAUGAAUUAAAAAAGGUAGUAUCUUCAAAAGUGAUAAUUGAUGAUUCAAUUAAAAGGGAAAUAACAUUAUCAGAUAGACCAAAUACACCAUAUAUUCAAGCAAUCAUUAAAGAAACCAUGAGAAUGCAUCCUGUUGUUGUAUUUGGUUUACCAAGAUAUUGUGAAAAUGAUAUAUUUAUUGGUGAUGAAAAUUAUUUCAUUCCAAAAGGAUGUAAAGUUUUCAUUAAUUUUCAUUCAAUUGGGUAUAAUGAAAAAUAUUUUAAAGAUCCAUAUAAAUUUGAACCAAAUAGAUUUUUAGAAAAUUCAAAUAAUUCAAUGGAUUCUUUUUUUCCAUUUGGUUUAGGUAAUAGAGUUUGUUUGGGUAGACAAUUAGCAAAUGAUCAACUUUAUUUGGUAAUUGCAAAUUUAAUUUUAAAAUAUAAAUUAAAAACAAUUGAUGAAAAUAAAAUUAAUGAAGAUGGUAUUUUUGGUUUAACUGUUAGUCCAAAUAAAUAUAAAAUUAAUUUAGAAUCAAGAUAA